AUGGCAUCGAUCUCCGAACGCGUCCAUAUUCGCUGGGGAGAAGAUGCUUCGAGUGAGCCGACACAUACGCUUGUUCUAACCUCGCUGCGUCACCAGUUCAUCGACAUACGUAUUUUCAAAGCGACAGAGAAGGAUGAGCCAUACCUUCCAAAUGAAGGUAGUCCUAUGAGCCGCCUCGAGUGGGCUUUUUCAGGAACUACCGAGUCAAAUACGGUCGAGCCACCUAGCGAUUUGAAUGAAGGGUAUCACCACAGCGUGUGGCGUCAUGUGAUCGACUCAAAGGUGCCAUUUGACGAGACACCCCCAGUCGAUGAAGGCGACAUAUAUCCACAGCGAGACAGCAACAUAUCGUACGAAUACGGAGCCAUGGUGAAUCCCGCAACCAACGAAAUGACCGACUACCAGGAAGUUUGGAGAGAUCUUGACUGUCUGUCACUCGAUACAGAUGGCAUGAAAAGCUGCUCAGUUCUUACCACCGAAAACACCGAGCACAAGAUACGAGGUAUCAUAAUUCGAGUUGGUCAAUACUGUCAGGCGUUAUUGAAAGUCGGUGAUGAGAUCAACGUUGAGCGAUGGCAUUAUACUCCUCGACGUCCGGAGUCUCCGUACUCGGAUCCUUUCCAGGAUGAUGACUCACAAGACAGCACUUUCGUGGGUCGCAGUGGAGAUUGGACCAGACAGUUGAAAUUAGGUUCACGAUUUUUACCCUGCGUGGUAACGUUUCAGGACGAGAAUAACAGUGUUGGAGAUAAAAUCACCCGUGGAGACUUUGAGUGGACUAUUGUGGAAAAGGAGGAGUGGGAUUGA